GCUGGGGGUCUCUGCUGAAUCUCAGACUUCUAGAGACUGAGCUGCUCUGCAAGUAACCAUGCCCCGUGGAAGCCGGAGCCGCACCUCCGGCAUGGCCCCUCCGGCCAGCCAGACACCUCAGAUGAGAGCCGCGCCUAGACCAGUACCAGCAGCUCAGCCCCCAGCAGUGGCUCCACCAUCUGCUGUUGGCUCACCUGCUGCUGCACCCCAGCAGCCAGGUCUCAUAGCCCAAAUGGCAACCACUGUAGCUGGCGUGGCUGUGGGCUCUGCUGUCGGGCACCGGAUGGCCCAUGCCGUCACUGGGGGCUUCGGUGGAGGAAGUAAUGCUGAGCCUUCAAGGCCUGACAUCACUUACCAGGAGUCUCAGGGAACCCAGCCAGCACACCAGCAGCAGCAGCAGCAGUCUGGCCCAUGCCACUAUGAGAUGAAACAGUUUCUGAAGUGUGCCCAGAACCAGGGUGACCUGAAGCUUUGUGAAGGUUUCAGCAAGGUGCUGAAACAGUGCAGAUGUACAAAUUGAUUAGCCUAAUCAAGAAGUUCAAAUUGAAGAUAUGGAAAAUCAUCUCUCAUGACCAAGUUAAUUUAGCAUAAAAAUAUAAUUAACAGUGAAUAUAUAAAGUGUAAAACCACCAGUUAAACCUCUC